CUGUGUGCAUUGGACAUAUACCACCUGCUGUUUUGUACAAGGUCGGCUGAUCGUUCCCUGGACCUAUACCCUACCAAUAGAUGGUUCAAAGCAUCCUCCAACCUGGAGCACAUUCAGUUAUCCUUACACUAUAAUGGUCUACAAGGAAGCAGCCAGAACGCCAUGUACGUGAUUGACAGAAUAAGAUGCAGUCUGAUCCAUGGAUGCACUUCACGAGUCCGGACCACUUUGCAAAUCAGCCGACCUCGCGUUUGCUCAAACGUACAACUGUCCUGGAGUCCUCAUAUUGGCUUCGCCAACUACUCAGUUCACGAUCUGCGUACGCGCGUGAUUCAAAUCAAAGCAUGUGCAAAGCAUUCUUAUGUAAUGUAGCAGAUUAGCCCCUUCCGAACAAUAGAGGUUUUCUUAUUAUGACUCGGGUCGUUCCAAACACGAAGUACUCAUGCUGUUGUGUAGGUUCACUUCAGUACCACUACAAUUUCAGUGCAGUAGUGAGUAUCCACCGUUUGAAAGGAAGAUUAUUUUCCGAACCAUGUUCGUCAUGUUCGGGCUUUGGUGGGAUUUAUUAAUACAGGGCAUAUUCCUUGGGUGAGGAUUAUCAGCCAUCGGGGUUUGAUCUCAUCCCAUUUAGAGAAAAUGUUGACUGUUGUUGAUGAAGGAGAUACGGCAGUACUAAGACAGCUAGUAGGAGGAAAUAGGGUUUUCGGUAAACUAAAACGUGCAUAUGUAAGAUAUGAUUUCGGCUGUCAAGGUUGGGUACUCAUCGAAGGCAAAGAAUAUUUCGGUAUAAAAGAGGCUUCAGGAGCUCUCGCGUGGAGAUUUAGACGAAUGGAUUUUGAGUUGGUUGAUAAGAAUCCUUGUUGACAACUCGUUUCUGAAAGUUAAAAUUUAGCUCAUCACAGUAGCUGAAAGGGUUUCAAUUCAUAGCUUUGCUUCGAUUUGUUAACUUCAAAUUCCAUCGUG